AUGAAAUCUUUGGUCUAUGUCAAAGUUGUGGUUUACUUCGGUGCAGCCUUUGCUAUGCUGGGAUGGACUGUGUCUCUUGCCGGUGGCUCUCUGAAGACCAUCGAUGCGCCCUCGGAGAUUAAGGGCACCGAGAAAAGUUAUCUCAUUUUCAAGUUCCUCUUCUUGGGACUCGCAAGUUGCGGAACUUUUAUCUCCAACGCGUCCGAUCUCCAGCGAUAUGCUACAAAGCCUAAUGAUGUCCUCAUCGGCCAGGUUGUCAGCUUUCCACUGUCGAACUUUUUGAUUGCCAUUUUGGGAAAUCUCAUCGCAUCAGCGAGCAAAGCCAUCUUUGGAGAGCUCAUCUGGAACCCCCUGCAGUUCUUAGAUAAAUUGAUGGAAGGGGAGCGAAACACCUCUGGCAACCGCACAGCCUGUGCCUUCAUUUCUCUGGCAUUCGUGUAUUCGACUGUCUUCUCAGCAACUUUCGAGAACUCCAUCCCAGCGGGUAAUGACAUUGCAGCCCUGCUGCCAAAAUACAUUUCCAUCAAACGAGGAUUCUUCAUCUGUGCCGUCCUCUCCUUCGCGAUCUGCCCCUGGUAUCUCCUCGCCUCGGCCUCAAUUUUCAUCACAUUCCUCUCUUCCUAUCAAAUCUUCUUAUCCGCAAUAACCGGCAUUCUCAUCUGCGAUUACUACGUUAUUCGCCGAGGACUGCUCAAUAUUCCAGCCCUGUAUGUCUCACACCCAAGUCCCUACCGAUACUUCCACGGGUUCAACCCGCGGGCAUUCUUGGCCUAUGUAAUUGCGGUUGCGCCAAACUUCUACGGGUUCCUUCACCAGAUGGGUGUCGAAGCGCCUCUAGGUAUCCAGCGAUUCUAUUACAUCGCUUACCCUACUGGCCUGAUCAUUGCAUUUGUUGUUUAUUACUUGUCUUGUUUGGCUUACGCCCCGGCUGAUAUGAAAGAGGCAUCGGGAUGGAUGGAGCCUAAGGACUUCGUGGAGGAUAAUGAUGCUUCUGGGAGUGAUGGAUAUACUAUUGACGCUAUGGAGCCUAGUUUUGUGGAGAAGGGGGCUGUUGCCGUUCCUACCGCAGCUCAUAGCGAAAAGAGUUCGUUCUAA